GAUCCCUUAAGUAUUGCUGCAAGCGUCAUUGCCGUGGCCGGCCUGGCCUACUCCAGCACCCAGACCCUCUAUCAGACCAUCUCUGCCAUCCAAGAUGCGCCCGAAGUCUUUGCUCACUUGAAGACCGACAUCGAGACACUCAACGAAACCAUCCGUUCCCUGCAGGAAGAGCUCGAGAAGAAGGACGCCGAUGCGGGCCUCUCCGACGCGCAAAAGUCCAACCUGCGUGAGAUAAAGCCUACUUUGGAAGCAUGCUAUGGUGCUUGCGAUACAUUCAAAGCCAGGGUUGAUAGAGUCAUGCGUCAUUCCAAGGAUGGUCAUACCAGCUUGUGGGACAGGCUCAAGCUGCAGUUCCAGGAAAAGGAGAUUGGGGGCUUCCAAGCGCGUCUGGCUAGCUACAAAUCCACGCUUGCCAUCGCUCUUGAUUUCUGUACCCUCAAAACCGCUUCGGAUAACCUUGAUGCAACAAAAGAUCUUGAAGCGAAGAUCGAGGCAACCACUGCCCUCCUCACAGGGCAAAUGCAAGGCCUCCAGAUCGGCAUGCAAGCCAUUCUUGAUGGAAGCUCCGUGGUCGAAGAGCCCGACGAUGCCGGUCCUCGGAGCCGGCUCACGAAGACCCAGCAGUCCGAGGUUCUGCAGGCCAUUGAGCGGCAAACGGUUGCACUCAGCCACUGCUAUCGGGCUUGCAUGGCAGCAUUCAAAGAGACAACGAAGGCGACAGGCCACGAGUAUAAGUUUGUGAAAGCGUCCAAAGAAGCGAGGCUACUCAUGGGCGACCUAGGCAGUGUGGCGGGGGGUGCGCUACACAAGUACAGCAACAUCGAGGUUG